UAAAGCGCCCCGCCUCCGGCACGGGCGCCGCGAGGCCGAGCUCCCUCUGCGGCCGGGCCUCCCGGCGACUCCCGCCAUGGCCGGCCUCGCGCCGCGGGUCGAAUACCUGGCGGGCUUCUGCUGCCCGCUAGGGGGCCUGGCUGCGGGCAAGCCCCGCGUGCUGUGCCACGGGGCGGAGAUCUUCCUGUCCACCGGGAGCGAACUGGUCUACGUCUACGACCGCGACGGGCGGCUGCUGACCGCUGUGUACAAGUUUCCCGGCCGGGUGUGGCACCUGGAGCUCCUGGCCCGUGGCAGGGCGCUCUACGUUCUCUGCGCCCGGAGCGGCAUCUACUGCUUGUCUUUGGACCAGGCCAGCAGGUUGUCACGCAGGAAGCUUGUGACCAGCAGUUCCCUGUGUUCUCGAAGGUCUGUGAGCCAGGAUGGCAGGAAUGACAGGGACGACCAGGACGGUGAGGACGGCGAGCCCCCUGCCCCUGUGAUCCCUGUGGACCCAGGCGCCUGUGUCCUCCCUGAUGCCACGCUGUGUGCCUUCACCGUGCUGGACAACGUGCUCGUCGCCCUGGCGCAGGGCCCCGCCCAGUGGAAGAUGCAGCUGUUUGAGCGUCCCUGUCCGGGGCAGGACCCCCGGCCCGGAGGCCAGAUUGGUGAGGUGGCGUUGUCCACCUGCACCCCCCCAUCUGGGAGCCUGGGGGAGCCCGCAGCCCCCUGCUUCCUCCCGGUGCUGUGCUGUGCAUCGCCGCCGGGCCCCGGGGUCUCUCACGGCCACCUGCAGGGCUCCGGGGGGGUCGCGCUGGGGGAGGCCCUCUUUGGCUUACUCUUUGGAGCCGACGCCUCCCUCCUGGAGUCGCCGGUGGUCCUCUGUGGCCUCCCUGAUGGCCAGCUCUGCUGUGUGGUCCUGAAGACCCUGGCCACCUCCAGGUCAGCCCCUGGUGACCCGAAGGCGCUUGUCAAGAUCCUCCACCACCUGGAGGAGCCCGUCAUCUUCAUCGGGGCCUUGAGGACAGAGCCGCUGGCCGAGGCUACGGAGGACGCCCACUCUGACUGCCUGGUGGCACUCGGGCACCAUGGCCGGACCCUGGCCAUCAAGGCCAGCUGGGACGAGGUGGGGCACCUGGUGCCAGAGCUGCGGGAGUACUGCCUCCCGGGGCCCCUGCUCUGUGCGGCCUGUGGCGAGGGCGGCCGCCUGUACCACAGCACCCCCUCGGACCUCUGUGUGGUGCACCUGGCUCAGGGAGGCUCCCCUUGGGACCCCAUGCAGCCCACCGGGGCCCCAGGAGGCCUGCCCGCUCUGUUGUGUCCGGCCAGCCUGAGCGUCUGCAGCGUCGUCACCCUCUCUGUGUCAUCGAGAGCGCCUGAAGGUAGCACCGAGCUCCUGGCCCUGUCUGCCAGAGGCCGGCUGAUGACCUGCCUCCUGGACCCACACUCGGAGGCGCCCUGUCCCACCCGAGUAACCGUGGCCAACGCCGGCCGAAAAAUCAAGGAGCUGCUGUCUGGAAUUGGCACCGUCUCUGAGAGAGUGUCCUCCCUGAAGAAGGCGGUUGACCAGCGGAAUGAGGCCCUGGCGUGCCUCAACGAAGCCAUGAACGUGAGCUGCGCCCUGCUGUCCAGCCGGGAGGGCCCCCGGCCCAUCUCCUGCUCCGUCACCCCCGCCUGGAGCCGCCUGCAGCUGCAGGACGUACUGACGGCCACCUGCCUGCUGGAGAACAGCAGCAGCUUCAGCCUGGACCGGGGCUGGGCCCUGUGCGUCCAGGUGCUCAGCAGCGCCCGGGCCUUAGACCUGGACUCGGCCGGCUCAGCUGUCACCUACACCAUCCCCCUGGACCAGCUGGGCCCUGGCGGCCGGCGGGAGGUGACGCUGCCCCUGGGCCCCGGCGAGGACGGGUCGCUGGACCUGCCAGUGACCGUGUCCUGCGCGCUCUUCUACAGCCUCCGGGAGGUCUUGGGGGGGGCCCUGGCCCCCAGGGACCCUUUCGAGGAGCCCACUUCCGAGGAGUGCCCCCCUGGCGUCCUGCCCGAGCAAGAGGGCGUGUGCUUGCCCCUGAGUGAGCACACGGUGGACAUGCUACAGGGCCUGCGCUUCCCCGGCCUGGCUGCGCCCCCCGUGCGGGCCCCGGGCCAGCUCGGCCCUGCCGGGGACCCCAUCCACACCUUCCUGCAAACUUGCCGCGGGCCUGGCGGCCAGCUGGCAGGACCCGAGUCCCUGCGGGCCAAGUACCUGCCCCCAUCGGUGGCCACCAUCAGGGUGUCAGCAGAGCUGCUCAGGGCCGCCUUCAGGGACAGCCACGCAGGAGGGCCCCUGUGCUCAGCCACCCUGCAGUGGCUCCUCGCCGAGAACACCGCCGGCGACGUCGUGAGGGCACAGGCGCUGUCCUCUGUCCAGGGGGUGGCCCCCGAUGGCGCCGACAUCCACCUCAUCAUCCGCGAGGUGUCCGUGACCGACCUGUGCCCAGCGGGGCCCCUCCAGGCCGUGGAGAUCCAGCUGGAGAGCUCCUCCCUGGCCAACAUGUGCAGGGCACACCACGCCAUUGUCGGGCGUCUGCAGCCUUGGCUGCGCAGAGGGGUCUGCGGCCACAGCGUCCACCCGUUCCCAUGCCUUCCCCUACGCGUGGCCCCUGCACCGGCCCCCAGCCCCCGGGAGCCAGAGAAGCUGCAGUUGAGCUCCGACAAGGAUCGAGGCUGCUGUUCUAGACCCACCAGUCCAUCCAGAGGCUGGUCGUGCAGCAGGCCGCCCGGGGCUCCAGCCCUCCUGACCUCCGCCUGCAGUAUCUCCAUCAGAUCCAGGCCAACCACGAGACGCUGCUGCGGGAGGUGCAGACCUUGCGCGACCGGCUGUGCACAGAGGACGAAGCAGGCUCCUGCGCCACCGCCCAGAGGCUCCUGCAGGUGUACAAGCAGCUGCGCAGCCCCAGCCUCCUGUUGCUGUGACUCCAGCUGCCCGGCCUCCACGCUCAGCCUCCGCACUCAGCCUCUGCGCCCAGAACAGUGGGGCUGGACCAGCAGCAUCCCGCCCACUUGGAAGCCAGGCCCAGGAUGUGGGCUCCAGACCCCAGCGCAGGAGCGCCGUUGCCCUAGCGGCCUGCAGAGGCCAUGGAGACGGGGCGUCUGGGUGGAGACUCAAGUGGGUGGGCUUUGGUGGGCCACGUUCCCGAGCCCAGGGCUUUUGUGGGCCACGUUCCCGAGCCCAACGCUUCCCCUCUUGGUCGCACUGCCCGCUCACCCCCAGACCUCUCGUCCAGCACUGUCCACAGCUGCCUGGCUGCCCACCCUGGGUGCCUCAGCCCUGCUUCUCUGCAGCCGCCGGGGUCACCAGGUGAGAGGGCGCCCCUGUGACCAAAGCACAAAGAGGAGCGGGGACUCCUACAGGUGCCUUGUGGCCAAAACAUUCAACAACUAGGCGCCUCUGGCCGAGGCCAGCACUGUGCAUCAUUCCCAAGGGUCGCUCGGGGCAGGCAGCAGCCCCGGCGCGGCUCCGGUGCUUUGGGGAGGGUGGCUCUCCCCGACUUCCCGUGGUGCCCUCCUGCUGUGCUGCAGCCCGGCGAGACCUCUCGCCUCAAAGAGCGCCCCUUUCUGUUGCACUGCC